CACAGGCUCUUUUUAAUGAAAUUCUACGGAUCUCCUGCUGCUUUUUUCUCCAACACUGUUUUUUCAUGCGUUAAGCGUGUCGAUACCUUUAAACAGCAAAGCUUCUAUAAAAAACAUCUGCUUAUUACCUUUUUCCUCCAAUUCGCUUCAACAAUAAUAUCCUUCUAAUGCAUUUGCGUAGCAUUGUUUGAUUUGUUUGUCCAGGAAAAGAAUAGGAAAAUGUGGCUUAUUAAAUAGAAAUCUUGAUGCGAUGCGAGACGCGAUUAACGACGCGAUAAAUGGAUUUUCAAGGGACGUCAAGCGGAUUUUUGCAGAACCAAUUAAAUAACCUCAUGACAAAAAUGUCCCUAUCACGGUCUGAUUUUAGCUUUUUUUUUUAAUGAUUAUAACAAUUUAGUCUCAAAAGUAAAUCUCUAAUUGACGAUUAUUCAGUAGCCAAUACAGUUCGGUACCGUUAUCAUACCGUAUGUGUUGAUAAUGAGUAUAAAUUUAACCUGAAAUAACUGAGACAGUUUUUCUGUUUGCCAAUAUAAGGGCAAAUAAAUGUAAAUUGUUUUUUUUUUGCGUCAUACUUAUACAUUGAAUUCGAAAAAAGUUAUCGUGACCGCACUUUUAUCCUUUUUCACAAUUUUUCCGUCAUCAUUUUUUUCUCAUUUUUCAUUGACUCACGUCAUUUAAAGUGAAUUACACACCUUCUGGAACAACCAAUCGAGAAAUAACAAAAAUAAUAGAAUAUGAAAAUCAUUUUUAUGACGUAGACCAUACUUUGAAGAAUUCUUACCAUAUUUUGUCAGAAUAGCUCGGUAGAAUUGGACCAGUUAAAAUUUAUUUACAAUAUGGACUUACGCACAUUUUCAACUGCGGUUAAAUUCGUUUACUAGUGACUCUUUAUCCUUACUCAAUUGUGAAUACAGUUAUAAUAUCAAUGGUAUAAAAUCCUAUCUAGCUAGCGGACGGGACAUAUCUGUCUACCUUCAGCGGAACUGAUUUCAUAUCCCGCGUGUAUAUUUCUGUUUCUGUGUAGAAUAAACAUAAAGUGGAUCUCAGUCUGAUAAAAACUGUCCUUGACAGGCUCUUGCUUUUAAGGCUUUUCCAUUAAAUUUCCCGGCAAUAUCAAUUUAAGCUGAUUUGAAUUUUAUUAGAUGGCUUGAAAAAAAAUUCUCGAUCACAAGGAACAAACUGGCGUUAUUAAUCAAUGAACACCAGCCACUCAGCUUAAGUAAGUGCUGUACACAAAAACACAUCACAUAAAUCCAACGCAAAAUCAUUUCCUGUAUUCAUAAACUAACAUAAACCUAAUUUUAUUCAGGUUAUACCUUUUUUCAAUAAACCAAGCAGAUGAUCUCGAACAACUAUAAAUUCUAAAAUGACGUAAGCGUCUUCUUGAGAAAAUUUAUUUUUGUGAAGUUACGAUUUGAAAAUAUGAGCAGAAAUUCUUCGAGCGAUUGCCCAAAUUCACGCCCAAAUAAUCACUUAUCAUCGCUAUUGCAACUGGAAGAAUUAGAAAACGAAUCAACGGAAGAAGACGUUUUAUUUUACAUUCCCACUUCCACAAGAGAAGAAGCAAUCGGUUCGAGUCGUGCUUCGGCCGAGCACUCGAUGACUAAUGAAGAGAACGUACCUUCAGGUGCGGAAGAAGCAGACGACAACUCAAGCGACCAAGUGUUCGGCCGUAGACAGUCGAAAAACCAUUCUUCGGGCAGUUUUUCACAAGUUGCUUCUGGACUAGUAGGAUUAGAACGCCUCACAAAAAAGCAGACUACAUGGAGCGAGGACUGCGAAGAGGACGACAGAGGACCUGCGGAUGUGUUGAUGGAUGUAUUCUGCUCCCAGUCCGACCCUUCAAUUGUCAAUGUCGACCACUUCCUCUCUGAGUUGCGUCGCACUGGUCUUCGGGAAGAUGACCCCCGACUGAAGGACACGGUGAAUGCAUUCCUGGAGUUCAAGCGCACACAUCACACAAGCAACAUCCCCUCCGACGAGUUCAGAAAAUGUGUGUCUAUGAACAUAGUGAUGUUGAGCCGUGCUUUUGGAUCCGAGCUAACUAUCAAAGACUUCGAAAAUUUCUGUGUCGACGUCAGAGCUAUCUUUGAAGAUUGUCGCAAAAACUCCGACGGUGCUAAUGCAACUUACAUUCCGCAAUUGGCCAAGAUGAAUUCGAACUACUGGGGCGUGUCUAUAUGCUCAAUUGAUGGACAGAGGGCCAGUUUCGGCGACUGUUCAGUGCCAUUCACAAUCCAGUCGGUGAGCAAGCCGUUGACUUACGCCGUCGUGGCCACCGAUCAUGGCUCCGAAUUGGUCCACAAGUAUGUGGGCUUCGAGCCCAGUGGACGCACCUUCAACGAAAUCACACUCGACUCCAAAAACCGACCUCACAACCCCAUGAUCAAUUCUGGAGCCAUCAUCACAACAUCUCUAAUACAACCUGGAAAAUCCCUCUCUGAUAAAUUUGAUUACAUCUUCGACAAGUUCAAGGAGUUGGCGGCGGGCGUGGGUCACGUGGGCUUCAACAACUCGGUGUUCUUGAGUGAGAAGUCGACUGCAUGGAGGAACUUCGCCCUUGGCUACUUCAUGAAGGAGCAUGACUGCUAUCCCCCCAACACAGACCUCACACAGAUACUGGACCUCUACUUUCAGAUAUGUUCUCUGGAGGUGACUUGUGAGACGCUGUCAAUCAUCGCUGCCACUCUGGCCAAUGGAGGAGUAAAUCCCCUAACAGAGAAGAAAAUCCUGGAGCCAGACGUUGUCAGGGACACUCUCUCAAUCUGCUUCUCCUGUGGGAUGUACGAUUUCUCGGGACAGUUCGCUUUCCAGGUAGGAGUGCCUGCCAAGUCUGCAGUUAGUGGGGCCAUCAUCAUCAUCAUUCCCAAUGUGUGUGGCAUCGCCUGCUUCUCUCCCCCGCUAGACAAGUGCGGCAACAGCGUCCGGGGAGUCGAGUUCUGCACUAAACUAGUGUCGCAGUAUGGAUUCCACAAUUUUGCACCCAAGUCCAGAUACGAUGAAAAGGGAUCAAAUCAGAUGAACCUGAUCAGCAUCAUGUUCUCGGCCUUGCAGGGGGACAUCUCUGCCUUCCGUCGGUUCUCCCUCCAGGGGGUGGAUCUGAACCAGAAGGACUACGACAGUCGCACCGCCCUGCACAUCGCCGCCUCCGAGGGACACCUAGAGGUUGUCCGGUUCCUAGUGGAGCGCUGCAGUGUCGAGCGACACCCCAUCGAUAGGUGGGGCAAUACACCAUUGACGGAGGCGGAGAGAUUCGGACACGGUGAAGUGGUCACGUAUCUUAAGAAGAAUGGCUUCUCCAGACGAAAGAAGAGUGCGGUUGGUUCCGGAGGCGGUGGGGGUCUCACAGUUGCUGCUACAAAUGGCCCCAAUGGGGAAUCGAGCACACCCACUCCCAAGUCAUCCACUGGCACCAGACCAGUGGCGUCACAGUUGAUCAACAACACUAACUGAUUGAGAUCCAUGAACCAAGAAGCAUUAUGUAGUGCUAACUGGAAAACUAAAUGACACAAACGAUUUAAAAAUACGCUCUUUUCUUUUUGUCUAGGAAAAUUCAGUAAACAACAAAUAAAA